GUCAGCUGAUCCUGAAAGGUUUUGUGGUGCUUCUCUGCUGUGCAUCUAAAAGCACCUUGGAAACAUUCAAAACAUCAUUUCAUUAAAAAGCGGCCUGAUAAUACUGAAAACCAGACAUUUGUCUUUCGCAGGUUUAGAAAGCAUCUUAUUCAGAGAAAUUUUACAUUGCUGCGGGUUUGUUCUGCAUUGCUUGUGCAACACACGGUGUUUGGAUGUACAUGCCAGCCAGUGACGCCGGAGCGGCUAGCUUGAAAGCGACCAUGUCAGAGAAGGACGUGAGGCAAGAGGCGACACUGGGUGCGUACUCCCCAGUCGAUUACAUGAGCAUCACAAGCUUCCCCCGCCUGCCCGAGGACGAUGCGGCCUCUGCGGAGAACAACCUCCGGUCUCGUAAAGAUGAGGAUGCCUUCCUCAGCGAGCAGGAUACUGAUCCAGACCUGUUCCUCAAGUCUGCCCGGCUGCAGCGCCUGCCCUCAUCGGAGCUGGGCAGUCAGGACGUGUCCCCCCUGCGGGAGACGCACCGGGACCCGCUGGCGGGGGACUGCAGCUGCCAGCAUGACGGACUCACCAUCAUCAUCACCGCCUGUCUGACGUUCGCCACCGGGGUCACCGUGGCUCUCAUCAUGCAGAUCUACUUCGGGGACCCUCAGAUCUUUACCCAGGGGGCCGUGGUGUCCGAUGUGGGACGCUGCUCCUCACUGGGGGUGGAGGUGCUGAAGAGGCAGGGCUCCUCUGUGGACGCAGCAAUUGCUGCAGCGUUGUGUACCGGAAUCAUCAACCCACACGCCUCAGGCAUUGGAGGCGGUGGAUUGAUGCUGGUUCACGACAUCCGAAACAACAAAAGCCGUGUGAUUGACUUCCGGGAGACAGCACCCUCUGCCAUCCAGGAGGAGAUGUUUCAGCUGAACCUGGAGGAAAAACCAGGUCUGUUGGUGGGUGUGCCGGGCAUGCUCAGAGGGAUGCACCAAGCGCAUCAGCUGUAUGGAAAAAUGCCCUGGGUCGAGAUUCUAUCCCUGACAGCAGAAGUUGCUCGAAGUGGAUUUAACGUCACUCAUGAUCUAGCUGAAGCAGUCUCUAAAAUGAAGGAGCAGAAUGUGUCAGACUCUUUCCGGGAGAUCUUUAUGCCAGACGGACAGCGUCUGCUUCCUGGCUUGCUCAUGAGGCGCUUGGACCUGGCGGACAUCUUGGAUUCAGUUGGAACCGAAGGAGUGGCCGCGUUUUACAGCAGUAAUCUCACACAGGAAAUGGUAGCCGAGGCACGUGAAAGAGGAGGAGUCCUGCAAGAGGAGGAUUUCAGUAACUACAGCGUGGUCAUUGAGAAGCCGCUGGAGGGUGUUUACCAGGGUCACCAGAUCCUGGCCCCUCCUCCCCCCCACGCUGGUGCUGCCUUAAUUGCAGCCCUCAAUAUCUUGGAGGGCUUCAACAUCACCAGCCAGGUCCUCAGAAACAGCACCUACCACUGGAUAGCAGAGUCCCUGAAGAUUGCUUUAGCCCUGGCAAGCAACCUGGGAGACCCGAUCUUUGAUACAACAGUUUUGAAUGCAGUGCAGGAAAUGUUAAAUAAAUCAGAGGCUGGAUUACUACGCCAGAGUAUCAGUGAUUCCCAGGCCUUCCCUCCUGGGCACUACACCACCUUCUAUUCCCAGGAGCCGGGGCCCUCCAGCAGCCAGGUUGUGGUCAUGGGACCGGACGACUUUACUGUCUCAGUUACGAGCUCCCUGAACCGUCCAUUUGGCAGCGGGAUUUUAACUUCUUCUGGGAUUCUCCUAAACAGCCAGAUGCUUGACUUCUCCUGGCAAAACAAAACUGAGAACUCCGUGCCCCCUUCGCCGCGGAACAGCAUCCAGCCAGGGAAGAGGCCUGUGUCCUUCCUCCUCCCUACGGUGGUGCGGCCGACCCACGGCCUGUGUGGGACCUACCUUACCCUGGGGGCCUCCAACGGGGAACGAGCCCUCAGUAGCAUUGCCCAGGUUUUGUUAAACGUCUUGUCUUUCCACAAGAACCUGAGCGAAAGCUUGUCUCUAGGAAGGCUCCACCCGCAGCUGGAGCCCAGCAUCGUUCAAGUGGACAAUGAAUUUCUACAGGAAGAUAUUGGGUUCUUAGAGGCCAAGGGUCACGAUGUGAAGAGGGUGGAAGUGCUGUCAUUGGUCGAGGGCACCAGGAGAACAAAUGACCUCAUCAUAGGAGUCAAAGAUCCGCGGAGUGAGGAUGCGACCGUUGCCACGACAUCCUAGCAAGGCGGGGAAUGCGGGCGAGGGGAGUAAGCACUAUCCGGAUCGGGGGUGGAUGGGUUGAUCUUAUUUAUUGUGAACAGCUGUACACAUUUCUGUAUUUAAUGUAACUUGUCUACACAACCUGCAUUACAAAGGCAUGUCACACACCAAUAUAAAGUCUUGUGUAGUCUGAGCACUCGCUGAGCUGUAAAUACCACUGGAAAUAAACUAGACUCUGCCGACCCCCAGUAGUGUGGCAUAAUCCAAAUACUGCUAGAAUCAGGAUGUAAUGAUGUGAACAUAGAGCUGCUAAACCAACCAUAUUUAAACAUGAACAUCGCAGUGUUUGGAAUGUGAUGAACACAGGAAGGGUUUUUUUUUUUUUUUUUUUUUUUUUUUUUGGCAGAUCAGUGUCUUUUCCUGCUUUUAUAUUCUGUCC